AUGAUCUUCGUUCAGCUUGUCGACAGCUGGCUCUCCAGCUCGCUCAAGCAUGCAUACAUUCUCCAUUGGAAUCCCCUUACCCACCAAGCAGAAGCGGAUCAGAUGUUCGCCUUGCCCUUCGGGGCUUCAAGAUCCGUAUACUCUUUCCUUCGUGUUGCACACGCCAUCUGGUGGGUAGGAUGCACCGCGUUGUCUCUGAUGUGGACGGUGUUCUUCGACGACGAUUAUGUGACAUUAACAUUCGAGCAAGAGGUUCGCCACACUGAUGCGGCGGUCGUCGCCCUCUUCAAUCUACUGGGCUGGAGUUUUGAUGAGUGUGGCGAGAAGUCCACCGAGUUUGCUGAGGUCUUCUCGGCGUUGGGCGUUUCCUUCGAUUUCUCGUCGUCUCGGAAAGGCCUAGUGAAAGUUGGCAACGCCACUUCCAGGGUUCAGGAGCUGACGAGAGUCAUCAGUGACGUGCUCUCGACGAAGCAGCUUUCUCGCGCCAUGGCUCUACGCUUGAGGGGCCGCGUGCAGUUCUGUGACAGUUUCCUGUUCGGACGUGCUGCACGUCUUUGUCUCCAGGCCGUUACAGCGCAUGCUCGUGCUGUGGACGAUGGGCCGGUGCGUGAUGUCCUCGCCACAUCGCUAUCCAGGUUCAACGCUGCCCUUCGUGCAGGACGCCCCCACGAGGUGUCCGGAAAACACGCCUCCCCUUUCUUCAUGUUUACAGACGCUUGCUAUGAACCUCAGCAAGACCAGUGGGUUGCGGGUUUAGGAGGCGUCCUGUUUGACGUUCGAGGAAAGUGCCUGGGGUUCUUUUCAAUAGAGGCGCCAAAAAGGGUUAGGCAUUUCUUGGGUGAGAGCAUUAAGAAAACGAUAAUUUUCGAACUGGAAUUUCUUGCAAUGUUGCUGGGAAUGGUCCUGUGGAAAGACAUCAUUCGUUUUUCGCCGCUAGUUUGUUUUCUUGACAACAAUGGAUCCCGUGACCUGGCGAUUUCGGGGCGGGGUCGCAGCCAGGUUGCAAAGAAGCUUGUGGCUUUGCUGUUGGGACUUGAAGGUGCUGCAGAGCUGAAGUGUUGGUACAGCCGCGUACCGUCGCCGUCAAACAUAGCCGACCUGCCCUCCCGGGAAAAAUGUCAGUACUUGUGUGUGAACGGUUCGGCGAUCCCUGCGUCGGACGCCUCGCGCGCAAUGAACAACUGCCUCGAAGUUCUUACUGCGGAAUCCAAUGAAAACCCUUGGUUCGGUUAA